AUGUCCUCCCCCCUCAACAUCCUCCCUGUCAACUAUCCCGGACCCCCCUAUAACCGACUGACGCGCUGUUACCAUGCCCUGCGUGGAAACUUAAUUGACGUCAACACACUUGUCACAGCCCUGGAGACCAACAGAUACUUCGGGACAGACAAGUUCCUCAUCUACAACUACAGCAUACCAGAAGAUGUCAGCAAAGUCCUGCUGCACUACGAGAGGGAAGGCAUGGUGGAGAUGAGGAACUGGAAGCUUCCCUUCCCCCCAGACCAGAUCCACUACUGGGGUCAGAUGGCGAGUAUCCAUGACUGUGUCUUCUCUCAGCUUGGGGUAGCCAAGUACGUUCUCCUUGCAGAUGUUGAUGAAAUUGUUGUGCCCAGGAAAGAUAUUUCGUUAGCAGAUCUGGCUGACAGACUACUGAAUACAAAAAAAACUAAUUCUAAAAAUAUGUAUGGGGCCCUUAUGUUUCAAAAUGCGGACUUCCCAAUCCAUGAAAAUGAGACAAAAAUCGAGUUCCCUGAAAAGGAGGAUGCGAAGAAAUUCAAAAUGCAUGCAUUUCUGCAUACCGACAGGUCUUACAUAAAUAACCCUAGCAAAAAUGCAAAAAUUCUCGUGAAACCCGAGGUCGUGGACCUGCUUCAUGUUCACACAAUGGAAAAGUUCCUCCCUGGUUGGAAGAUGUAUGUUGUUAGUCCAGAAGUCGCUCUAAUGCAUCACUACCGGACGAAUAAAAAACCCCAAAAGUAUCAUCCAUUGAGACAGGAUUUUACCUUUAUAAAAUUCAGCAAUAGUCUUAUACCAAAGAUAAAGGACCGACUUUUACAUCUACAGAGUAAACUGGGAGUAAAUAUUUGA